CACACCUCAGUGUAUCCUUUGUGCUGCUUUUUUGUUGUUAUUUCACCGUUUUCUGCAUUAUCCUUAUUCGCAUAGUUUUUGGUUGUUUUUGUGUUGUUUUUGUUAGUUCCGAACCCUGAGUUAUUAGCACGGGCGCGCACAUACAGGAAAAUGCAAUCCAACAAGUGGAACUCCGCGGAGAAAGCCUGACCACCAGGCAGUAUCUAUAACAGAAGCAAAACAAUAACUUUGGCUCCGUCCCAAAGCGCACCCCGUCAGCCCAAGGUUACUCCAGAUUUUUCGAGCCACCAAAGAUGCACUGAGAGAAAAUAAAUAGCCCAGGAACGGUUGUUCCCCACUAUGCGAAGAGUCUAAUCAGACUCGGAUACCACAUUCUACAGACAUGCUGUGCUUCGACUCGGAGAGGAUGAACUGGUACUACCACGUUCUGGCUAGACGCCCCUACCUUGUGGUUAUCUCCAUCGCCGUCUACUGCGUCGCCUGCAUCAUCGUAGCCCUCAUCUUGAACAAGCUGCCCGACUUCAGCGAUCCCACCUUGGGCUUUGAGACUCGCGGCACCAAGAUAGGGGAACGGCUGACGGCCUGGUACAAUCUGCUGGAGGAGACUGACCACCAUGGAGUGCUCUUCUCGAAUCCUUCGGAUCUGUGGGAAAAAAGACGCUUAGAACAGGGCUAUGUGGAAACCAGGCUGCAUCCGAAUCACAGGCGACGCAAAAAUAAGCACAAAAACAAGAACAAGAACAAGCGUCGCAAGGAACAGAAUCAGAGCAAUCACGAACAUCACGACGUGGCCCAAAAGAUGAUGCAGUUCAAAAAGAGGCUGAAGGCUACAAGUGCCCCAUCCGCAAAUCUCGCUGUGGACACCUGGAUGGGUGACAGCGGAGUGUUUCGUGACUACGAGAUAACAAACGAUAGCGCUUCCUCCUUAGAGCCCACUCGACGUACUGAACAGAUCGAGUAUGGGCACAACACCACAUCAGUAGAUGAGGACGAGCAUCGGGAGCGAGUGCAGACCAAGAAGAGCACUUGGCGCCUGCUUAAACAAGCUGCCACCCUGCCCACCGACGGUUGGGCAGAUAUCCAUCGUCGCCAACCCAUCGAGGGCUUCUUUUGCGACUCAUCGCCGCGAAAGGAGUACUCACAUUUUGUGGUUCAGCGAAUCGGUCCCAAUGCCACUGAUUCCUUGUUCGACCUGAACGGCCUGCUGGCCAUGUGCCAGUUGCAGGACCAGAUCACUGAGGUACCCAGCUACCGGUCUUUUUGCGAGCCGGAAAUGCUCACUACCGACUGCUGCCGGCCGUGGUCUUUGCCCAACUACGCCGCUAUGCUAGCCAACAAAAGUUCCUGCUUCGAUCUCACCGCAGAGGAUGUUACUUCGCUGCAGACCCUGCUUUCCGGCUGCUACGAAUACUUCCACGACCUGAAGAUGGAUAACCACUGCAAUGAAAUACCGCACUGUCGUGCUCCUGAAGAAUGCAAGAGGCUUAAUAUCGUCUUUAACGUGUUGAAUUUUCUCACAGAUUUCGGUUUCAUCAAGUCUAAUGACUCCAAUGUAUACCUGAAAUACGCCAUGAUAUUCGUGCCAGUAGCGCAAUCCAAUCGUCUGCUGCCACUGUUCCACGAAUGGGAAGACGUGGAGCUGAGCAACGAGCUUGUGGAAGUGAUUGCCAUGGAUCUGGGUCUUGAAAACGAGCUAUUUAACGAGCUGUUGCUCACGGAUGUCUGGCUUGUUUCCCUGGGGGGAGCCUUCGUCAUGGCCAGCGUUUGGCUGUACACAGGAUCGGCAUUCAUUACCUUGAUGUCCAGCAUCGCCAUCUGCUUCUCGUUGGGUCUAGCUUACUUCUUUUACGCCAUCGUGCUGGAGUUCGAGUUCUUCCCCUACAUGAACCUUCUAGCUGUGGUGGUCAUAAUUGGCAUUGGAGCAGACGAUGUGUUUUUGUUUCUGAAAAUCUGGCAAUGUGUGCUGGCUGAAAGGUUCAGCAAUCGAUGUACCUUGACCACUCAAUCCCAGAGUGCCCUUCCUACUCACCUGGAGCACAGUGAUCACACGGAGUCUUUGGAAAAUAUCAUGGCACUGACUAUGCGACACGCCGCUGCGUCGAUGUUCGUUACUUCACUGACUACCGCUGGCGCCUUUUAUGCCUCAUACAGCAGCUCCAUAACAGCCAUCAAGUGCUUUGGAAUAUUUGCGGGUACCGUCGUGGUAACCAACUAUUUGCUUAUGAUCACUUGGCUUCCCGCUUCGGUUUCCAUCAUGGAACGGCUUUUUGCCACUAGAAUAUCCUGCCGUCAUCCAACAUCCCAGAAGUUGAUCCAUGCUUGCAAGAAGUCAAUUAACCGAUUUUGUCAGAUGUUUGAGGAGUGCAUAACGCACAGUAUCAUGAAGUACGCUUAUCUGUGGCUGCUGAUCUUCGGUGCUUUAGGCGUGUCCAGCGCUGUUGUUGUGUUCUGGUAUCCAGGACUCCAGUUGCCGGAGAAAUCGCACUUCCAGUUAUUUGUCUCAGGUCAUCCGUUUGAGAUAUAUUCCAGCCUCAAGCAACAGUUCUGGUUUGAAAAGCCGUUGCAGGCGUACGAAAACUUCAAGAUGCACAUGCACUUCGUAUGGGGCAUUCAGGCUGUGGACGAUGGCGACUACACGAACCCCAAUUCCUACGGCAACCUACACUAUGACAAUAAUUUUAAUGUAUCCAACAGACCGGCGCAGCUCUGGCUUCUCGACUUUUGCCAAAGUGUGCGCCAGCAACCCUUUUACAAAGAGACCUUAGGCAUGCUGUUGCCAAAUUGUUUCAUUGAAAAUCUUAUCGACUACAUGAAACGAAGAUGCAUCGAUGAUAUGGACAUUACCAGAAAAGAUCGUUCGCCCUGCUGCGACGCCCAGUUUCCCUUUGAUCCCUUGAUAUUUGACUAUUGCUUGCCACAAAGCAUAUCCAACAUGUAUGACACCACAUUUUUCCGGCCUGGGGUGGCAGGACCCAAGUUUGCAGAAGCUCCUCGACUGGAGACAGAAGAUUACCUAGGAAUAGGUGGAAAUGAGAGCUCGGAGUUCAGCAUCAACGGAUCAGUCUCGCCACUGAUAGUUAAAGCCCUGGUCAUCGAGUUUGAAUCCAAUGUGGCCUACAGUACCAUCUACACAAAUAUCAAGCAGUUCUACGAGUCUGUUGAGAACUGGUUUCAGCAGCAAUUGCUCACGGCACCCCCGGAACUUCAAGGAGGAUGGUUCACCAGCGACCUGAAAUUCUACAAUGUGCAGGACACUCUUUCACAUGACACCUUGGUUGCCAUCUGUCUAGCCAUGGCUGCAUCACUUGUUGUGUUAUUAUGUUUCACGGUCAACAUACUGAUUUCUAUCUACGCCGUGCUAACCGUGUCCCUGAGCAUUUUUAACACAGUGGCGGUGCUGAUCUUGCUCGGUUGGCAGCUCAACAUUUUGGAAAGCAUUGCGGUGAGCACGGCCAUCGGACUGGCUGUGGAUUUCAGUCUGCAUUAUGGCAUCCACUAUCGCAUGUCUCCGGUCAAGGAGAGAUUACCAGCCACGCAGUUUGUUCUAUCCCGCAUUAUUGGCCCUACGGUGAUGGCGGCCACCACUACGGGUCUGGCAGGCGGCAUUAUGAUGGCUUCCAAUAUUCUGCCCUACAUACAGAUCGGCGUCUUCCUGGUGGUUGUCAUGAUCGUUAGCUGGCUCUAUGCCACUUUCUUCCUGAUGAGUCUACUGUGCGUUGCUGGUCCUCAGCAUGGUUUCCUGGAGCUCAAGUGGCCAUUAUGGAACAAGCGGAACAGUGCCAGCAGCAAGUUCUACGAGCGGAAACCCAGCCAAGUGAUUGCCAGCGAGCAGCUGCUCACACCCACCAGUUCGGCCAUCGUAGAGCUGGCCAACUCGGAGACGCAUGAGCUGGAAUCCCUAAACUCCAAUAGCCUGAUCAAAACCAUUUCGGGCACAGAAAGCGCCCACGCACUAUCCUCUCUACCGAGAGACUUCGAGCACUCGUUCCAGACGCUGCGCGAGUGCAAAUAUCAAACGUAUCCGUCUACAUCCAAUUGAGUUAGUUACUAUUGCCGGCCAGCGCGUGUUGUUGUUGCCAGGGAGAAUCAGGCAACUGCAUUUUUAUACAGGGUACGGCGGCUCUGAAGCCUGCCCGAGAUACAUUUAUAUAUACAUAUACAAAGCAUGUGUCGGCAUAUUUAGUUUUAAAAUGUGCUGGCUCAGGCAUACCAUAUGUACGUUGUGUGAGUUCUACAUUGAUAUACUCUAGAUAUAUGUGUAAUUGUACUUGGUAGACUUAAGCGAUGCGAAAUCUUGUAAACUCUCCUUAGUGUGCUAUUUCCAAAAGACUUCAGACGGUUGCAAUAUGCUUUUAUUAUUUUUGUUAUUGCACGUUUGAUGCUCCAGCCAAGUGAAUACAAUUUGUAAACUGAAGCAAUUAGCGGAGGUACUGGGUACGUCUUUGUCGGUAGGACUGUACGAUGACGGUAUUAUUAGUUUUUAGCCAAACGUUUCAACGCUAUUUAUGUACUUAACUGUAAUCAAAACUAUUUAUACUCUGGAUUUUUAUUAGAUGUUAAGUUGGGCCGCAUUGUUGGCGCCAGCAAGAUGUAGUUACUUUAUAUAAUAGUUAUAUGCGCAGAGAUAUGUGUUGUCUAUCCUAGUUGUAUGCGUUCAAAACAAAAACUAAAACACAUACACAAACACAAUACAAACAUACACACACUCACGUUUGUAAUAACCAUGUAACUGUGAUACAGAAGGUGAGAAACUUAAUGAAAUCGGUGUUUAUACAGACAUAGUGUUAUAACCCUAAACCAUGACGUAUUGUAAUUACCUGCAACUAAAAGGCCCUGUACUUCCUUCAUUGAACUUGUGUGUUGAAGUGAUUUAAUAAAUGUUACUUGUAAAACCA